GUGAGCCCCCUCCUCCUCCUGGCUGGGGACACCCAAACCCUUUCCCCAGGCACAGGGGAGGCUGUAGGAUACAGAGAUGUGUUUAAAAAAAAAACCCAAAGAAACAUAAAAGGCCCAGUUGGUGCCAUUUCCUGGGACCAGACGUGUGUUGGUCAUGAGGUGAGAAGGUGUCCGAGGCUGGUGUCGCUCUCGGGACACGCCAACGACCUCCAGAGCCACCAUGGCUGGGGAAAUGGGUCAUGCCGAUCUAAGACAUCCUGGGAAUGAGCCUUCUCCGGCUGAGAAAUGUCCUGCUCCUGCCCCGUGCCUGUGGUGGCACAGAGUCCUCCUCACAGCCGGGGCGCUGGGGCACCUCGUCCUGCUGGUGCUGGUGGUGCUCCGAAAUGUGAGUGUUUUUCAGGGCUCUCCAUGUCCUGAAAGUGACCCCAGAGUUGAGAGCCAGGCCAGGAACCAGAUGGAGCGAUGCAUCUUCCCAUCCCUGGUGCAGUACUCCUGCCAGCCCCAGGGGCAGAGCCCCCCAGCCCCUGCUGGCUGCAAGUUGUGCCCCCAGGACUGGCAGCUCCGUGGGGAGAGAUGCUACCGGCUCUCCAAGGAAUCGGGGAACUGGACUCAGGGCAGGAAAAGCUGCGAAGAUCAGGGCUCUGAGCUGGUGG